AAAAGAGGAGAGGAGGGAUCCGCACGGCUCCGGUGCCGCCUGAACUCGCAGCCCCCCCGGGAUCAUCGCCCGCCAUCCCGCAGACAAGGAGCUGAAGAUGGAGACCAGGGAGGACAAAUCCCCACAGCAGAACCUCGUGGAAGAGGCCGUUUUGAGUGGCUCCACGGCGCAGGAAUCCGAGGGGGAGGAAAAGCCCCGGAGGUCCCACAGGAGGAUGGGCUCCAACCCCAGCCUGGGGUGCUCUGAGGAGGAAAGACCCACCCUGUACCAGGAAGGUGGCCGGAGCACCGGUCUGGUGGUCCAUGAGCAGCUUCAGGAUGGGGAGAAGUCUCACAAGUGUUUGGAAUGUGGGAAGAGCUUCGGGCGGAACUUCCACCUGAUCCGCCACCAGAUGAUCCACACCGGGGAGAAGCCCUGUGGGUGUCCUGAGUGUGGGAAGAGCUUCAGAGACAGCUCCCACCUGAUCCGCCACCAGAUGAUCCACACUGGGGAUUGGCCCUAUGAGUGUGUGGAAUGCGGCAAGGGCUUAAGAGACAGCUCCCACCUGAUCCGCCACCAGAGGAUCCACACUGGGGAGAGGCCCUUUGAGUGUGGCGAAUGUGGGAAGAGCUUCAGGCAGAGCUCCUACCUGAUCCGCCACCAGAGGAUCCACACUGGGGAGAGGCCCUUUGAGUGUGGUGAAUGUGGGAAGAGCUUCAUCCAGAGCUCCAGCCUGAUUGUCCACCAGAGGAUCCACACUGGGAAGAGGCCCUAUGAGUGCUUGGAAUGUGGGAAGAGCUUCAGCCAGAGCUCCCACCUGACCUCCCAUCAGAAGAUCCACACUGGGGAGCGGCCCUACGAGUGUCCGGAGUGUGGGAAGAGGUUUCACACCAGCUCAGAUCUCCUUAUACAUGAACGGAUUCACACGGAUGAGAGGCCCUUCCGCUGCCCUGACUGCAGGAAGGGCUUCAAGCACAACUCCAACCUCACCGCCCACCGGCGCAUCCACACUGGGGAGAGGCCCUACGAGUGUCCCCAGUGUGGGAAGAGCUUCUCCUGGAGCUCAUCCUUGACCCAUCACCAACGGAGCCACCGGUAAGGGAAGCCUUGAGAACGCCAUGACUACAGGAAGAGCUUCAUGCGCUGCUCCAACUCUAUCUCCUACACUGGGCAGAGCCCUGGUGGCUCACAUUCCCGGUGACCCACAUUGGGAAGACACCUGGCCAGUGGUCUCCACUUUCUCCUGGUUUCCCAGAGGCAAACAUUAGGGUUGGAUGAACACAAGGGCACGAACAUCCAUCAGUAGUCAAAUCAACAUUAGAAAUUCAUUAAGAUCUGAUUUCUUAGCUUUACGCCUUAAAAAGAUCUUGUGUGCUCUGUCCAAUUGUUUCUUCUGGUGGCAUCAAGCGGUGCUGGAUGAUCUUGGAGAUGUUUUCCUACCUGAAUAAUUUCCAUCUUUAUCGCAUUGAAACGUCCAGAACCGGGGUAAAAAUAAAUUAAGUAAAGGGAUCUAAAGCGGCACCAUUUUACCGGGAUUUGGGGGUGAAUUUGGGGUUAGUUCACAGAAUUUUUUGGGAGGAUUGGGCAUUGUGGGGUUGCCCAGGCCGGGCAGA